UCAGCCUAAAGAUUGAUGAUGACAACAUGCAAAGAAAAUUUGGGGAUAUAGAAAUGUUUUGAUGAUUCAGUUGGUAGUUAUUCUGUAAACGGACAAAUGUAGAAGUAACUGCAAAAUGUCGCUGUUCAAAAGUAAGCCCAAAACUCUGCAGGUUAGAGUUAUGACAAUGGAUGCUGAACUGGAGUUUUGUAUAAAUUGUACAGCAACUGGUCGACAGCUCUUUGAUCUUGUUUGCCGCACACAAGGUCUGAGGGAGACUUGGUACUUUGGUUUGCAAUAUGAAGAUAAAAAGGGCUACCAGGCUUGGCUUAAGAUGGAUAAAAAGGUUACAGAGCAGAGCGUGCCCAAGAACAAUCCGAUGCCAUUCUCAUUUCUUGCAAAGUUCUAUCCAGAGGAAGUAUCUGAGGAAUUGAUACAGGAGAUAACUCAACACUUGUUCUUCCUUCAAGUAAAACAAAAGAUUCUUACUGCCGAGAUCUAUUGUUCACCAGAAGCCGCUGUGCUUCUUGCUGCAUAUGCUAUACAAGCUAAGUACGGUGAUUAUGACCCCAAUUAUCACCAAUUUGGGUUUCUUGCUGAAGAUGAGCUGUUACCUCAGGGUGUCAUGGAACAGUAUGACAUGACACAGCCCAUGUGGGAGGACAAGAUAACAUCAUGGUAUGCUCAGAAUGAAGGCAUGACCAGGGAUGAAGCUGAAAUGGAGUAUUUGAAAUUCGCUCAAGACCUUGACAUGUAUGGGGUUAAUUACUUUGAAAUCAGUAAUGAUAGGAAGGGAACCCCCUUACAGCUUGGAGUUGAUGCAUUUGGACUUCAUGUCUAUGAGCUUGAGAACAAGUUCCGACCAAAGAUCUCAUUCCCCUGGAGUGAGAUUGGAGAUAUCUCUUAUAGAGACAAGAAGUUUACUAUCAAACCAAUUGAUAAGAAGUCAUCAGAUUUCAUAUUCAUCUCACCGAAAAGUAGAAGAAAUAAGUUAAUUUUAGAUUUAUGUGUUGGAAAUCAUGAACUGUUUAUGCUACGGAGAAAGACAGAUUCAAUGGAAGUACAGCAGAUGAAAACACAAGCAAAGGAAGAAAAAGCCAAAAGACAGAUUGAGAGAAAUAAAUUAGCAAGGGAAAGACAACUUCGUGAAGUGGCAGAAAAAGAGAAAGAGGAACUUCAACAACAGUUACAAGCCUUCCAGGAAGAUGCAGUGAAUGCCAAAGAAGCUUUGCUUCGAUCAGAAGAAGCAGCAGACUUACUAAGUGAAAAGGCUAGAGUGGCUGAAGAGGAGGCUAGACUUCUAUCCCAGAAGGCAUCGCAAGCUGAACAAGAGAUUCAAAGAAUAAAUGUGCAGGUUAUCCAGAGUGAGGAAGAGAAGCGACUGAUGGAACAGAAACUGCAAGAGGCCAGUGAGAUAGCUCAUAGGAUAGUAGAAGAAUCAGAGAUGAGGAUGAUUGAGGCAGAAGAUUUGAAGCAGCAGCUCAUCCAAGCGAGACAAAAUGAAAUGAUUGCCAAAGAAAAACUUAUCGAGAUAUCUAUUCAAGGUUUGCCACCAUUUGAUUCAAGUACUAUAAAUGGAGUAAUGAUAAACGACAAUGACAGUGAGGUUGAAAAACUUUCAAAGGAAAUUGAAAAAGAACGCAUUGAGUACCAGGAGAAGAGCAAACACCUACAGUUACAGUUGAAUGAACUGAAAACAGAAAUAGAAGAACUGAAAGUGGACGAAAAACAAACCAAUUGGGACAUCAUUCACAACCACUUGGUCCAGCAGGGAGAAAACAAAUAUGCAACAUUACAAAAAACAAAAUCGGGAACAACCCAAGACCGUGUCACCUUCUUUGAGGAGCUUUGACGGUUGAUUGCAGAGGAAAACCAUUUUUACAUCUCAUCAUUGAAAAACUACAAAGUGCCUCUAACUUGUUACUGUCUUAUCCUGCUCUUAUUUGUCUUCCUCUACAAAUUGAACACUUUUGAACUUUGAACUAUCCCUGCGAACUUUGAACUAGCACAUAAACCUUGACACAUCUUAUAACUGUUAUAAUUGUUUACAAUGUCUUUCUUUAUUAUAAUACAUUAUAUUUAAUUAAAUUCGAUAAUGGAAUCCCUCCAAGUUUAAUAAUAAUGAUAAUAUAUUAGUAAUAAUGUCCUAAUUUCAAUAAUAAAUGCUCAGAUAAAGUUAUUGUAUUUUUAGAAAACAUUUCUAUUUUUCUCUAAUUGAUUUUUUUCACAAUUCAAAGUUGAAUUUAUGAUAACAGUAAAAUUUAAAACUGAUGAUUUUAGCAUCAAGUAUUAUGUAUUUACUCUACUAUCUACCUUGAAAUGAAGUUCUUAGUUUUAAUUUUUUAAAUAAGUACCUCAAUAACUGUUAAUAUUCUUUGAAAAAAAGUAACAUGAAUUGUUUCUUAUAUUUAUAGGAAAAUUGUAUAAUUAUAUUAUUCAAUACACAAUUCUGUUUUCCUUACUCACAUAAAGUGGCUUUUAUAGCUCAUUUGCAGAAUUCGCCCUUUAAGGUUUAGCCAACUAAAAAAUCCUUAAAAUACAGGUGAGUAAGCCACUUAAAACAAUUCAUAUUCAAAGAUAUAAAGUGACCACAAUAUUUAUAACUUAUACUGGACAAAAUAGAGUAACUGAUUUAUUUGCUUUAAAUACUUAUGUAUUCUUGAAAUACCUUGAAUAUUAGAUAGUAAAUACAGCUUUAUACAAAUGCUUAAUGAACAAAAACAAGAAUAUAAAACAGAAUUUGUAUAGUUUUCUAGAAUCAAUGUGUUUAAAUUGUAUGUUCUUCAAAUUGCUUGCAUUCAGUUAUUUUUUAAAAUAUUUUCAAAAUAAAUAUGUAUAAUGAAUGUAGCUAUUUUUCAUUAUUGACAGCAUGCCUUUUUGUGUUUAUAAGUUGUGUUAUGUGUUUAAAUAUGGAUAGUUAUGUGAUAUAGUGUUCUGUGGGUGUUUGAAUUCUUAAUCAGAUGGCAAAAUACUUUGUAAUGUUACGUUGUUAUGUUGACAUGAACGAAUGUUUAGACAAAUAGUUAAAUAAUCAUUAAUGUUACAAUAUUAUAUUAACAUGAAUGCAUACCACCAGAAAUUCUAGGCUUGUUUGUAAUAUAUGAUUUGAUUUUGAGAUGUUAAAAAUGUGGCUCGAAUCUUGCAUUAUAUUUUGUAGGAUUCGUAAUAGGCUUCAAACAUAAAGAGUAUUUUUUUUAUUUUUUUAUUUUUUAUGAAUAUGUGUUUUAUUGAAGUUCUAUUUGGUUUUCCUUUGCUCAGUUGUGAUAUUGGUGUUAUUUUUUAUUUAUUGAUUGAAUCAGAUACUGAAAUAAAAAAUAAUUUUAAAAGUUGGGAAAUUCUUAUUAGGGGGAAUUGAGGGCAUUACUUUUAAAAGCCUGGGGUUCCAGGUAUGUCUGAUUAGGUCCAAGGGAAGAAUUCCAGUGGCAGUGAAUCCUAAAUGGAUAUUGAUAAUUUAUUAGAUCAAUUCAAUUCAAUUAAGUAAUUCAGUGUUUUGAGGGUUUUUCUUUACACUAUUCUAUCGCUACUCAGGCUGUAUACCUUUAUUAUUUAUAAUUUUGAAAGUUGAAUUUCCAAUGUUGAUACCUUAUUUGGGUACACCCUCAAUUGUAAUGCUGUUAGAUUAAUUACUAGGUUAAUUUUUUUAAAACUAAAUAUUGUUUCAAUUAAAUAAUAUUCGCUUCAGUAUAAUUUAAAUGAUUUUUUUUUUCUAAAAUAGUUUGAACCAGAUUGUAAUGGCUUAAACUGGUGCAAUCUUUCAAACUCCGAGUUUUCUUGUUACCAUGAACAUUAUUUUUUAAUUACAUUUAAUGUUUUAUGAUAUUUUUCUUUUCAUUAACCUUAGUUUCCAUACAAUCACUACACGCUAUCGCCGACAGCUUUCGGUGAUGCUGAUUGGUCGGUCGAAUCGACCAAUCAGCAUCACCGAAAGUGAUUUUAAGGAAACCAGGCUUUAUGUGAAAACUCUUUAUGUUUGUUGUAAUGUAAUGGUUUUGUUUUAUUUAUACCAGAGAACAGUUAAUCUGUUCCCUGUUUAUACUAAAUUAGGAUGCAAGUAGCACACACUAUUGUGAUUACAUAAAUAUAUUGAUACAAGUAAAUGAGUCUUAAGUAAAAGACAUCUUGCCAUUUCAUUUAACAGAUAUGGUUAAACUGCUGGUAGUAAGGCUUCAGCACCAUUUGCAGUUCAUAGUUACUGUUUGUCAUGUAGGAGUAAUAAUAUUCUCUUGUUUAUACUGUUAAAUCCUUUAUUUAAUAUAUUUUACAUUGAUUCUCAUAUAGCAGCAGUGAUUUUUUUUAAUUAAGUGCGCAAUCCCUAUAAUCUAUUCUAUUUUCCGAUAGAAAUUGUACAAAAUCAAUGUUAUUUAAUUUGCUACAAUUUGCAAUAAAUGCAUAGGAACUGUUCA